UUUGAUUCAUUUCGAGAUUGGAAUACGGAAGUGGUUGGUGUGCUAAGUUGUCUGUUGCAUAUUAUUAGUGUAAAAUGAUUUGUUCCUUUUUUGAAGAUUUCAAAAAUGUUUAAAUUAUGGUGAGCAGUAAAAUUCCACCGUGGUACGGGUAGAUUAUUAGAAACAUGGCUUCUAGAGGAGAUAAGGGAAAUGGAAAUGGCGAGGAGCAGAUUGUCGAGACACUGGCAGAGGUGUUUCGAUGCUUCAUUUGCAUGGAAAAGCUUGUAGAUGCCCACCUAUGCCCCCAUUGUUCGAAACUCUGCUGUUACGCUUGUGUGCGACGGUGGUUAACCGAACAAAGGUCCCAGUGCCCUCACUGUCGUGCUGCUCUCCACCUCCAUGAGCUGGUUAAUUGCCGAUGGGUGGAAGAGGUCACGCAGCAAAUAGAAACAAUGCAACAGACAAACUCUGCCACCCAGAGAGAAAGCUACAGAGAUAGAUGCCCUACGCAUCAAGAGAAGCUAACUGUGUACUGCUGGACUUGCCGUCGCUGUAUUUGCCACCAGUGUGCAUUAUGGGGAGGCACCCAUUCUGGACACACCUUCAAGCCAUUGGAGGAAGUUUACGAACAACAUGUGACGCAGAUCAGGGAUGAAGUCUCUCAGCUGAGGCGUAGACUGAUGGAACUGAUAAGCCUUGUGCAGGAUGUGGAACGAAAUGUAGAAUCAGUGCGGGCGGCUAAGGACGAACGCGUCCGUGAGAUCCGCAAUGCAGUGGAGCUGAUGAUAUCGCGCCUGGACUCGGCGCUCAAAGCGAAGCUCCUCACUCUCAUGGGCCAGAAGAAUAGCCUCACCCAAGAAACCGAGCAGUUAGAGCAUCUUCUGCAGGAGGUAGAACAUCAGUUACACGCAAGCACACGGUCAGAAUUGAUUGCGAAAAGUGGUGAACUAUCGAAAAUGAUCCAUCAAGUUCGCAAGAAACCUAUGGCUAGCUUUGUUACUGCUCCGGUACCUGCUGAUUUUCAUAGCGAGAUAGUGCCGAGCUACGACAGCAGCACGUUCCCGCUGAGCAAGUUCACGCAGCUGCAGCACGCGGCGGCGCCCGUGUACUCGGCGCCGCUGCACGUGCACGGCCUGUGCUGGCGCCUCAAGGUGUACCCCGACGGCAACGGCGUCGUGCGCGGCAACUACCUCUCCGUCUUCCUCGAGCUCAGCGCCGGCCUGCCCGAGACCUCCAAUGUAGGCAAGAGGUACGAGUACCGCGUGGAGAUGCUGCACCAGGUGUCGCGCGACCCGUCCAAGAACAUCGUGCGCGAGUUCGCGUCCGACUUCGAGGUGGGCGAGUGCUGGGGGUACAACCGGUUCUUUAGGCUCGACCUGCUCGCCAGCGAGGGGUACCUCAACCCGGACACGGAUACGCUUAUAUUGAGGUUCCAAGUGCGUCCGCCAACGUUUUACCAACGUUGUCGUGACCAACAGUGGUACAUCAACCAGUUAAUUACGAUGCAGAAUCAACAUAUACUGCAAAUUAAUGAUCUCAAAGAGCGCCUCAGCCUGGAGAUGUCGCGCAACUCGAUGGCGGCGACGCGCGCGUCCAGCGGCUCCGUGGGCUCGCAGGACGCGGAGCCGCCCGCCGACAGCAGCGACCCGCCGCCGCCCUGGAAGUUCACCUCGCUGCACGCCGUCGCGCCCAGGCUCACCAGCCCAGGGGUGUUAAACAACUCGCUGUUCGAAGAGACGUGCGCGAGCGGCGCGUGCCGCAACAUGGGCGCCGGCGCGGGCGCAGCCGCCGCCGCCGCCGACGCGUGCUUCGGCGACUACGCGCACCUCGCCCGCCGCGCUAACCAGCACGCGCUCGACGCCUACAACCUGCCUUCUACCUCCAGAUCAGCGAGCUCGAUACGGUCGUGCGCGGAGGGCGCGGCGGGCGCGCACUGCGCGCUGGGCGGCGCGCACGCGCACGCGCACGCGCACGCGGCGCGACUGCGGCGCGAGCGGCCCGAGCGCGCCGAGCGGGCGGAGCGCGCCGAGCGCCCGGAGCGCCCGGAGCGUCCCGAGCGCCCCGACCGGUUGCCGCCGCCAGAUAAGGACACGCAUCUCACCGCUGUAGCCAGCACUCCUAUAACAGAAGGGCACGGCGCAUGCGCAGGUGCUUUGUGCACUUCGAUCUCAUCGCCGGAGCUGCACAGCACGGCCAAGAACGAGUCGGGCGGUGCACUCUUGACCACUGCGACACACUCGCCGCGCAAUGCGCACGCGCACUCGGAGUCCAGCAGUGACACUGGGGACUUGAUGUUCAGUGAACUUGACGGUUUUGUGGACGAUACCAAUGUGAAUCACAUAGAGGAAAAUUCCAAUGAGGAAAAUGAUGUUGACGAAGAAACUAUGUCAGGCGAGAACGACAUAGAGGGCGCCAUGGGUGCGAUGGGCGGUAUGGGCGGUAUGGGCGGCAUGGGCGGGAGCAGCAACGAAGCGGACAUCUUGUCGCGGCUGCUGUGCGCGGUGCACGGGCGCGGCGUGACGCCGGCCGGCAGCGACGGGCCCGCGCCAGCGCACGCGCACGCGGCUCACUCCGCGCCGCGCAACGACGACCCGCAGCUGUCCACCGCCGCGCACACGGACAUGCUGCUGCUCAACUUGAUGAAGAUCAACGGCUUGACGCCCAAGUGCACGCGCCCGCGUCACAGCCCGAAGCGCAACUGGUCGUCCCGCAACGCGCCGGCGGAGGAGGCGGGCGGGCGGCGCGGCGCGUGCGCGGGCCGCUCGCGGGCGCCCCGCGCGCGCCGCCCGCACGCGCUCUCGCCCAUCGCGCUCGCGCCGCUCGAGCCGCUCGAGCCGGGACAGCUGCCCGACGCGCACGCGCACGCGCACACCCCCGUUUCAGAAAGAGUAGUGGGAAGUCCCGCUCCGCACGAUUAUUGGGCGCCAGAUCUCAGUGACAACGACGACGUGGAAGUCAUAUUGGAUUAUAAUGACACGCUGUUCGACAUGCUGCUCAACAGCCUGUCGCUGGAGGGCGGCGUGGCGGGCGGCGCGGGCGCGGAGGCGCCGCCUGUGGCGCCCUGGAGCCCGGCGCGCUCGCCCGCGGCGCCCGAGCCCGCGCCGCACCCCGCGCUGGCGCCGCACCCGCCGCACCCGCCGCACCCGCCCGCCGCCCGCGACUGACCGGACCUGCGCCCCGAGUACCGCCACUAACCGACACCUACCGACCCUCUAUCGACCCGCUCCGAUUCAAAAACCCACUUGCAGCCUGCCCACUACCUGCCCGCAAUCUGCCCGCAAACUGCCCAUAACUUGUAAUCAACACUCAAUCUGUACGCAACCAGCCUGCGACAAGACAACUAAUGCACGGCAACUCAAUCUUUCAAACAAUACUAAAACUGGGUCACAUCAAUGUUUAUCUUAACCCAAAUAAGUGACACUCGUCCUCCGUAAUAGUGUGUGUACUUUAAUACCACCCUAUAUGUUAUCAAUGAAAUAGUUUAUCCCUCUCGGACGCUUCAACUUCCAAGAUAUACACACGGGAUAGUUUGCGGUUGUAUAUUACAUAAUCUUUGUUUUUCACCGCUUUACGCCAAUGGUCCUUUAUUCUACCCGUACGCCAUAGCCCAUCAUUCUCCCUUUCUACGCUUCAACCUUGUAUAGAUAAAUAAUAAGGAAAACUCCUCAAAUAUGUAUUUUAAUUUGUGUGUGAUUGUUGCCUUUAAAAACUAUGAAUAUUUCAAUUCGUUUUUUAAUUUCAAAACGGUUUCAAUUUCGAAAUAUUUCAAAAUGUUUUUGAUAUCUUCAAUUGUUAGGCGCUGAAUUGCAAUUUUAUCGCUGUGAUGCAUUUUUAUUUUAUUUAACUGUAACGAGGACGAAUUAUUGAGUUUAUUAGUUACAAUGAGAAAGCAUGGGUAGGUGUGUCAUAAAAUGAAAGAGUACAUGGGCAAAAUAUUUGUAAUAGUGUUUCAGUUUUAAUAGGCUCAAAAUUAAGAGAAUUCUCGGAAUAUGACUGAUUUAAGAAGUUACUGGAACCUUGGUUACAAAAUGCUUUAUUUCUAUUAAAAAUGAGAUAAAACAUAAUCUAUGGAAAAAUUACAUUUGGGUAUAUGUUGUAACUGUUAAAUUUGCGGUAUCUUCGGGUUUGUGUAAGUUGUCACAUUAAACAACGCAGUUUAUUUUGUUAUUAAAAAAAUGUUAUCGGUAUAUCUUUACUUACAAGAAAAGCUGACUGCUAUGUAAUACUCAUAAACCGGUUAACUUUAGUUGUGGGUAAAAUUUUCCCCGGCAAUACUUGUAAUAUGGAAAUAUACUGUUAAAUUGGUCAUAGUAACCAUUUGGAAUAUUCACGACAUAUUUGAUCGAAUAUGAUAUUUUCGGUGAGACUAAGGGUGUGAGGAUAAUUUUAAUGUUAUGUUAGAAGUCAGUGAAUUGUUUUGUGAAGUGUGUAUAAUUGAUUAUUUAUUAAAAUGCUAUGCAUAUAAUAUAGGAUUGGUGAUUUAUGUAUUCUCUUCAAAAGUAUUUAAUGAUUCCCUUUGUGUAAUAGUACAAAGUAAAGUUUAAUUUUAUAUAGAAGUGGAUCUUACGAAUUUUAUUUAUAAGGAAUUCCAAAAUGUUAUAAAAUUUUCGGACGUCUUGUUCAAAACACUAUUUUUGAUUAUUUAAUAAUGCAAUAUUUUUAUAACUUCAAAUUUUAAAAGUCACGUCCAUAUUGAGUAAUGGCUAUUAAAGUUAGUGUGACUCAAAAUACUUUUAACUAGAGAGAGUAUAAAAUAUCGACUUAGCAUUUUAUGUUCAAAAUGCUAGAAAAGCGAUGAAAAAAUCUCGGGAGCAUUGUUUUUAUAGUAACCUACAGUAUUUCCAGUAAUUGUAGAAUCCAUAAACUGGACGUGCAGUGUGCCCCGAUAGCACUUACCAUUGAUACUGUCUCAUAGAUUUCAGAGCGUUAUUUUGAGCGAUAUUUCUCAUUAGCUAUCUCAUUAAGUUACGGUGUGGAUCUGCAUGUGCACGUGAAGUUAUUAAAAUUUAUUAACGCAUAAUACUCGCCGUUAUAGAGAGCAAGACUUGCCUGGACUCGUUGAGAAUGAGUCGCCGUAGUUUUAAAUUAAGCUUUUCUUACAUCGGACCAUAUCGACAUGUGUCACUUUUGUAUAUAUGAAAUGGUUAAUUUUGCUUGCGGUUGGUUAAUUUUUACAUUCUCAGUCUCAUAUAAGCCGUGUUAAAAUGUUAACGACCGAAAGAAACCUAUACUUCCUAAGAUUAAUAUAAAUAAAGAUUCCUGUAUUUUCUAAUAUAGACUCAUACCCGUAUUUGUGUCUCCAUAUAUAUCUAUAAUAUUGUAAUAAUUUAUAGAAAUAUUUUGCAGUCUGCAUUUUCUGAGCAUGGUAUUUUUAUAUAGUGGCAUGAUGUGAUACCAGUGUUAAGUUGAUAUGGUCUGAUAGGAUCUUUAGUUAUUCUUAGAUUUUACGCAAUGUGUGGUAUAUUUUCGGGCAUUAUGUAUUUUACUCGAAAUUCGAUCUCUUUAUUUUGCGAGGUGCAAGAGAAUGUUUGAAGCAUUUAAUUAAAGUCAUUAACGUUUGAAUUGUGUAGAUCUUAUAAGUAUUAUUUGAUAUUAACUGUAUUAGGUGUUAUGCGAUCCAUCAUUAAGUGAGACUGCAUUUUUGUUGAUCACAUUUCGGCAUAACUAAAAUUUGAAUGGAUUUAUACAUUGAAAAAAAAUCAGCAGUCGUUUAUCAUGCCUUGUCUCAUUUGGCUAGUUAUAAAUGUUUAGUAAUUUAGAACAAUAGUAGCAGUUUGAUUAGAAAAUGGUUCACAGUUGAUUGUAAAUGUUAAUGAACGUUGUAGUCGACUAUAGACACAUUUUGAUUUUAUCACCAUGAUGGUAAUGUUUAGUACAAGGUCUCUGUUUAAAUAUAGUUAAAGAUUCCCAGUUUAUUAUUUCAAAAUAUGUGUGGUAGAUGAAAUUAGUUGAAUGAAUAAUAU